AUAUCUGUCCGAUCAAACUAACCUUUUGUGAAUAUUCCACUUUUUGUUUCUGAAGCAUUUUUACAAAAUGAAAAUUAAUCUUAUCACUUUAUAUCCCAUUUCCCAUCUUGAAGUUUGUAUUAUUUUAAUGAAAAGCUCAUAGUACCAGAAAAACAAGAGGGCCAAAGUGAUCACCUUCAAAGUCACUCUUAGUAUUUGAAUUCAAUAGGAAAUAUAUAUUUAACUUCUAUUUGAGAGCCAUAUUAAUGCAAAUAUCUUGAAUAACUUCAUCUAAAUUUUGAAUUCUAAAAGAGUCUUCUUUGAGUUCCAGUAGUCUGUGCCGACAGAUUUCUACAGAAGAUCUCAGAUUCUGUUGAUAAGUCUCCAAGCAAAAUGAGGUUCCAAUGAUGAUUUGACCUGAGCAUGGCACAGGAAAAAAAAAAUGGUAAUUAUAGCAAUUUCUUUUCCAUCUGCAGAGAAAUAGUGGUUUGAAGUUCUUUCAUAAUGAAAAGAAGAUGUGUUUCUGAAAAGGGUUUUUGAUUAGCGCUUGGAGAGGAAUGAAUAAUGAGAUGUAAGCACAUGGUUUGCUCUAAUUUCCAAGCCAUGAGACUCUAAAUAAAUGCAGGGUAAACAGAGUUUUUGGGUUUUUCAAGAGAAUCAAUUGCAGGAAAAAUCAAUUGGAUUGGUGUUAGAGAGCAAAACCCCAAUUUUUUUUAAAGGUAACGGGAAGGACUUGGGAACUGUGAGUCUGUGAUAAGAGGAGCAAAACCCCUUUAAGUACAAGUCCAUUUUCGUACCCUAAAAAAAAAAAAAAAAAAAAAAAAAAAAAAAAGAAGAAACCAGUUUUCUUUCUUUUUUUUUUUUUUUUUUUCAACCACUGCUUCAUCUUGGCAAACAGUUCAGGUAUAUCUUUCUGUUCCUCAAACCUCAAUGCAAAGGACAGCUUAUGUUCAACUGGUUUCCCAAUUCUUGUCCUGUUCAUACCCUUUCAUUACUUAGCUGUUAAAUAAUAUUCAUAUGCAGAUUCUUUCCCUUUCUGUUAUUUUGUAUUUAAAAGUUUAUCCAAAAGCAAUUGAGAUUUGAAGAUUUUAAUUAUUUGUGGUUUAUCCUCCUCCUUUUGAUUAGAGUAUCCCUAAUCUAUAGCCAUUUUUGCUAAUCUUAGAGCUCAAAAAGCUUACACUGCCUUUUUCUUCUACAAUUUGUGUUCUUCAUACAUACCCUUUAUUAAAACUCUACAUUAUAAUUGUACUAUCAAUAAACUGCUGUUUUUUCCCCAAUUCAUUAUCUUUUUAUCUCAUUGACUGUUCAUGCAAUCCAACAAAAAGCCAAAAAGCUUGCCUCUUUUGUGAUCACCAUAAUUAUUAUAGUUUUACUAGAAUAACCCUAGGAGUUGAUCAAGCUUUUUUUUUCUUAAUCCCAUCAAGUAUUAGGUGAGGAUAAAAAUGGUUUACCAUUCAUGUCUAAUAUUUAAAAUCCCACCACCAUGGAUUGUGUUUCUUGCUCCAUUUCUAAUUUUUAUGGGGUUUUUAGGCUCUGCUGGCUAUUUGUUCUCGAUCUUUCUAACAUCCACAGUAUUGAUUCUGUCCACUCUCUUCUUCGUAUUGUUCUCUAAGCAAAAACCAGUAGUUCUGGUUGAGAAUUUCUUUGAAUCAAAACCACAGCAAGAGAAUGAGAAUAUUGAAACAAAUAUUGAAGCUGCUGAUGAUCAUCAACAAGGUAUCUCACCAAGUUCAUCAGGCCUGUCGGAAAGUGGUAAUAAUCAGUGCCUUGAUCAAUUAUCAAUCAGUGAAGAUUCAGAAGUAGACUGGCCAUUUGGAGACAGUGUAGCUCAUGGUGGUGAUGGUGAUCAGAGCCCGGAUUACUCAGACGGUUCGAUUUCCGAUGAAGAUAGUCUCAUUGAAAUUGCACUCCCAAGUGGACAUUAUGUUGGUCCUGAUCAUCAUUACAAAGAGGAAAUUCCCACAUUCACUAGUUCUCUGCAGCAGAAAGUUCCAGAUUUGUUGCCUGCCGCAGAUUCCAUUUUCAAACAGAGAAGUCUAAUGGAGUUGUUGGCUGAAAUCAAUGAGAUGUAUGAGGAAGACAACUUGAUUGAGAUUGACAUUUCCAUGGGAUCCAUUAAAUGUUCAAGGUUUGAGAUUCAAGCUUAAGUUUUUUUUUUUUUUUUUUUUUGAUCCUUCAUGGAUUUGGAUGGAAAAGUUAGGAUGUUAAUUAUCAUUUCAUUACAUACUAUAUAUAUAUAUAUAUAUAUAUAUUUUGUUGUUGUGUAAUAUUAUUGUGCAGUAGAGUCUGAAGUUUUUGAACCAAAAAAAAAAAAAAAAAAAAC